AUGCCUACGUUGUUUGGCCGUAACUGGAUGAAUGAAAUCAAAAUCCGAUGGCAUGAAGUUAUGCAAGUGAAGGCACUGACAAAAGAAACUCCCUUGACUGACAAAUACCGCGAAGUGUUUGAGCCGGGUUACGGAGCGAUAAGAGGGUUCAAGGCGAGCAUUGUUGUUAAAGAAAACGCUUCACUUGUAUUCUGUAAGGCGCGAUCAGUGCCGUAUGCGCUACGCGAACAAGUCGAGCAGGAAUUGGCAAACUUAGAAAAAGCUGGAGUCAUUUACCGGGUGCGGCACAGUGCGUGGGCGACACCUCUGGUGAUCGUGCCCAAGAAAAAUGGCAAGGAGCUUCGGCUAUGUGGUGACUACCGUGUCACAGUAAAUCCUGCCAUUGAGGCAGACCAGUACCCACUCCCUCCGCCAGAGGUUAUUUUUGCAACUUUACAUGGUGGAACUGUCUUUUCGGUUCUGGACUUGUCCAAGGCGUACUUACAGCUUGAAUUGGACGAGCGAGCACAAGAACUGCUCACUAUCAAUACCCACCUGGGGCUGCUCAGGUUCCGGCGCUUGCCAUACUGCGUAGCCUGUGCACCGGCGGUGUUCCAGGCCGUGAUGGAUCAGAUCCUACACGGCCUCUCAGGAACGGCCUGUUACUUAGAUGACGUUGUCAUCACAGGCGCAGAUAGAAAGCAAUGCCAUGACAGGUUGGAGCAGGUGCUCAUACGCCUAAGAGAACAUGGCAUACGGGUCAACACUGAGAAGUGUAAGCUGUUCCAAAAACGAAUCAGAUACCUGGGCCAUGAAGUUGACCAGAAUGGGUUGCAUCCUACGGCGGAUAAAGUAGCUGCCAUCAAGCAGGCGCCAAAACCGGACAACGUGACUCAGCUCAAAGCCUUUUUGGGCUUGGUAAAUUACUACUCAAAAUUUUUGCCAAAUCUGGCUACGGUUUUAGAGCCCCUGCAUAACUUGUUGCGUCGAGAAGCAGCAUAG